UGAAGUUGGAUAUUGUGAUGUUCGAAUUGGGUUGAUUAAUAGCUCCACUUAAAUCAAAUUUUUACGAAUUGAAAAACUAAAUCCUACAUCCCUCCCUCAACUUAAAGCCCACGCCCGUACAAAACCAAACCUGCUAUUUUCUCAGGCCUUCAACGACAUCAUUUAAAUGGACUAGCGCCUAUAGCUGAAUCUCUCGAGGUCCGCCUUUUGGGUUUUUCUUUCAGCAUUCCCAAUUGCCGACCAACUGUUUGAUUUUAUGUUCGUGUGAUAUCGUUGUUUUCUCUUUUGAUUCCUUCUCUUUUGUUUUGUUUCGGGAUAAGGUGGAUCGUUUCAAGAAGACUUUUAAGUGAUUUUUUCUAGCUUAAAUUACUAGGUUGUUCGGGAUUAUGAUGGUCUUAUUGACUCUGUUAAUGCACUUGAGCCAGAUAGAUUCAGAGGCUAUCUGAUCAGCAGGGUGAAUUCUGAUUCGUAUUUGAAGUUCAGAAAUGAAAAUGGUCAAAGUUUACAACUCUCGUGAAAUGUUGGGAUGUAUUACGCUGGUGAGAAGAUAUUGUUCAAGUGAACCAACGAGAGAUGUUUCAGUUACGAGCAAAAAAGUUUGUAAAAUCAUGAUGUCAUCCUCUCCAGUGGUGCUUGAUACAGCUCUUGAUCAAAGUGGGUUACGGGUUUCGCCGGAGGUAGCAGAGGAUGUUCUUAAGCGGUUCGAGAAUGCUGGUAUGUUGGCUUAUAGAUUUUUUGAAUGGGCAGAGAAGCAGCGGAAUUAUAUGCACACUGUUAGGGCUUACCAUACCAUGAUUGGAUCUUUGGCUAAGAUUAGGCAGUAUCAAAUCAUGUGGAAUCUUGUGAAUGCGAUGAAGAACAAGAGCAUGUUGAAUGUUGAAACGUUUUGUAUUAUCAUCAGAAAGUAUGCAAGGGUUCAAAAGGUGGAUGAAGCUGUUUAUGCUUUUAAUGUCAUGGAGAAGUACGGUGUGCCACCAAAUUUAGCAGCAUUUAAUGCCUUACUGAGUACUUUAUGUAAGACUAAGAAUGUGAGGAAAGCGCAAGAGAUUUUUGAUAAAAUGAAAGAUCGUUUUGUGCCAGACUCAAAAACUUAUAGUAUUUUGAUUGAAGGAUGGGGUCGUGCUCCGAAUUUGCCAAAGGCUAGGGAGAUCUACAGAGAGAUGGUUGAUAUGGGUUGUGACCCGGAUAUUGUGACUUAUGGUAUAAUGGUAGAUGUUCUAUGCAAAGCUGGCAGAGUGGAUGAAGCAAUUGGAAUUGUUAGGGAAAUGAAUUCUAAUGGUUGCAGGCCGACUUCAUUUAUUUAUAGCGUUUUGGUCCAUACUUAUGGGAUAGAAAACAGAAUUGAAGAUGCCGUUGACGCAUUCCUAGAGAUGGAAAGAAAUGGAAUCAAGGCAGAUGUGGUUGUGUAUAAUGCUCUGAUUAGUGCUUUUUGUAAAGUAAACAAAUUAAAGAAUGUGUAUAGGGUAUUAAACGAGAUGGAUUCUAAGGGUGUGACACCAAAUGCAAGAACUUGCAAUAUCAUUCUCAACAGCUUGAUAGGUCGUGGAGAAACUGAUGAAGCUUUUAAGGUGUUCCGCAGGAUGAUCAAAGAAUGUGAACCAGAUGCAGACACGUAUACAAUAAUGAUAAAGAUGUUUUGUGAGAGAGAUGAGUUAGACAUGGCAUUUAAAGUAUGGAAGUACAUGAAAUUGAAGCAGUUUAUCCCUAGCAUGCACACAUUUUCAGUUCUCAUAAAUGGAUUAUGUGAGAAGGGCAAUGCUGCUAAGGCUUGUAUUUUACUAGAAGAGAUGUUAGAAAAGGGCAUUCAGCCCUCAGGUCCAACAUUUGGGAGGUUAAAGCAAUUGCUUAUAAAAGAAGGGAGAGAAGACGUGCUCAAAUUUCUUCAAGAGAAAAUGAACCUCCUCAUUAAGGAGCCUUUGUGUGAUUGAAGAAUUCUUCCUUUUUAGUUGUUGAGAAUGCUGAAUUGAUGGAAUUGGAAUACCUGAUUACCUCAUGGAAUUAAGGUAACUUUUCUGGUCUGACGCAUGUAAAAAGAAAGAACACUUUUGCACUUCUCUUUUGUUUUCACUCUCUUCCAAAAGUUUUCAGUCUUGCCUCACUAGUGGACGUGAAAGUAACUGAAUCAAACUCUCCAUAGGUUUCGCUGUAUACACUGCCAGCUACGGGAAAAUGUUAACCCGAUUUGUAACUUAAAAGAAUGGUUCAUUCAUUAUUGCUUUCUAAGAAUGGUAAUGCUCUGUUAGUGGUGCCCAUGUCAUAAAAUUCAUUUUAUGCAUCAUAUGCUGAUUCAGGAGUUUAGUCACAGCAAUUCAAGUUUUCAUAAUUUGAGAACCGGCAUGGUUUUUGUGCUUCAAAGCCAAACCUUGCUGAUAUUUCAAGUGGACACAGUUAUUCUCAUGACUUUUAUUAUUAUUAUUACUAUUAUUAAUAUAUGUAACCGUUUACAUUGAAAUGAAAUAUCUAUUGAAAUGAAA